AUGUCAACCCCUGCCGAGCUUUUAAGCACCAAAAGUUUCUCCAACGUUGAGAGUGGCACCGCUGAAGAGUCACUUCCUCCAAGUACAACGACUCCGUCUUCUGGAGAUUCUUCUUUUAUCAAUGAAAAAUUGUUCCCCUCGAUCAAGUCAGCAUCCACGUCACCAUCUUCUAAUGGCUCAAGACCUGUUUGGGUAAAUGAGACGCCCGCUUCCUCCAAUUUACCCAAGAAAUCGAAUUCUGUAUUGAGAUCACAGAAUGUUCAGGACACCUUCACCAUUGACAACGACCAGCAGUCAUUCCAGCUGUCCAAGGCUGAAAUCCAGAAGGCCGUUGGAGACCUGAAGAAUAGGUUAAAUGUUCGCAUCGAAUCAACCAUUUCUGUAAGAACUGGUGCCAGAACUUUUUUGAUUUCUGGUCUACCCGAAAAUGUUAAGCAGGCUAGAAGAGAAAUUCUAAGAAAGCUCUGCAAGCCUGUUGAUAUUGAGUUCAAGAUCCCUUCCAAGGCAAGAUCUGCCGUAAUUGGACCUCAGGGUAAGACAUUGAAGCCCAUUUUGGAUGCAACAAACGCUAAGAUUGACAUUGAAAAGGAUGACAACACUUCUGAAAAGAGUGAAGAACCUGGUUCUGACGAAGAUGACAUUUUUGGUCCUCUGGUCACCGUCAAGGUGCAAGGUGAUGUUGAAUCUUGUGAGCUUGCCAAGUCUUUAAUUUUCGAUAUUGUCAAUAAGCACACUCUUAACACAUCUGUGCGCAUACCAUUGGCCAAAGCCUUGAGACCCUUGGUCACUCCUGUCAUUUCACAGCUAGAACUCCCUUCAACAGUUGAAGUUCUGGUUCCUGAGGUAAACCAAGGAGUUUCUAACAUCAUUGUUUCGGGCCCAACUUUGGACGUAAUCAAGGCCCGUAACGCCUUAAGGGAAAUCAUUGAACGCGUGGAGAGUUCGGUUGUAAGCGAAUCCAAGACGGUUCCCAAGGUACUGCAUCAAUAUCUAGACGCUGAUGAUAUUUUCAAAGAAACAGGUGUUUCUGUCUCAAUUCCAAAUGCGGAUGAUCCAUCUGCCGAGGUCGUCUUUUUUGGCGAUGCUUCCAACAUUCCUAAUGCCGUCGCUCUUGCCAAGAGUCAGACAAAGAAUUACUCUUCUUACAGUUUAGAUAUCUCCAAGGCACAUGGUGGUAACUUUCAACAUGCCCAGAGAUUGGCUGCUUACUUUAGAUUCACCUCUUUUUUCGAUAAAUUGGCUCACACUAACGGAGUCCUCAUUACCAGUCCUUUUUUUAACGAGCUGGUUUCUGAUGAUUCCAAAUCCCUGAAUGUAACGUUUAGCGGUAAGGCAAGCGAACCAGAGAAACUUCAACAGGUCAAGAAGGAGAUAAUUAACAAAGUCAAUUCAAUUCCCCCAAGCUCUGUGCGUGCUAUCGAUGAUGUCAAUGCAUUUUUCUUUGACCGUAUAGACCAGAAAGCUGCCAAGGAAGAGAAUGUGGCUCUCAUUCCUUUAGGCAAGUUGGCUGGUGUAUCUAACCUGCUGGUUUUAGUUGCUAACACCACCGAUGAUGAAGACUUCUUACCAUCUCAGGCUGAGAUUGAUGCUAGAUUGGACAAAGUCGAAGAGUCCCUUGCUAAAUGGAGACAGCUCAGCUCAAACUUAGAAGAAAGAGUAGUUGAAGUCCCAGAAAAUGAACAAAAGCUUAUUUCAACUAAAACAUUGAAUCAUUUGACCGAGAAGUUUGAAAACACUAUCAUCAUCAACCUAAACCGAGAUGCAGAUGGUUACUCUGCUGACAAACUCGUAAUUGUUGGAAAGAAAGAGGACGUUGACGAAGCCAUUACGGAAAUUCAAAAGUUUAUCGAAGAACUUAAAGAUUAUGAAAAUGCUUGUAAAUAUACAACUGAGAUCUUGUUCCCAGUGAAACUGCUUUCUUUACUGAUUGGACAGAAAGGUCAUCACUUAGAUAGUUUACGUGAAGAAUUUGACGUUCAGGUUAGUGUCGAGAGUGGCAGAGAUAGAGAGCACCAUGACGAGCAACAAGAAGUCCCAGUUAAACUUGUUGGGUUGAAAGCCAAUUGUGAUGCCUGUAUCAAGAAGAUUUCAGCAUUGCAGAAAGAAUGGGCUGACCGUAAGACAGGUAAGAUCACUGUAGAAAAGAAAUAUCUGGGCAGCAUUAUUGGACGUAAUGGAACUUACGUCAAAAGAUUCCGUGAGAAAUAUAACGUCCAGUUGAGGGUCGACGACGGUGAAGCUGAAUAUAGUGACAUCAUACUUGUUGGUCCGUCAAAGGGUGUUACUAAAGCCUUAGGUGAGAUCAAAGAAUUUGUCGACUAUGAACGUCAAAAUGGAGUUACUGAUAGCAUUACCAUUCCUAAGAAAGCACUUUCGUCUGUUAUCGGAAGAAGUGGUCAGACUAUUCGUGAAAUCAGUGAAGAGACUGGAGUUAAAAUCACCAGACAUGGUGAUGAUGAGGCCUCUGACGAGAGCAAUAAAUCUGGCGAGAAGUUUUACCUUGUUGGUACUAAGAAAGGUAUCAAGGAUGCACGUCUUCGUAUUGAAGAAAUAGUCAAGAGAGUUGAGAACAGAGUUAAGAAAACUGUUUCUGUGGAACGCAAGUACCACAAGGACCUGAUUGGUCCUCAUGGUUCCACUUUACGUGAGAUUAUCCGCAAGGCCGGAGCCAAUGUAGAUGAAAGCCAGCGUGUGUGGAAAAGUUACCUACAAGUCCCUAGUGUUGACUCUGAAUCCACAGAAAUCAUCAGCUCUGGUGAAAAAGCCAUUGUGGAGAAAGUAAUCAGUCAAGUUAAGGAGUUAGUUGGUCGUUUGGAAAGCAAUACUACAGAAAAGAUUACUGUCCCUAGAAAUAGGCAUAUGCGAUUGAUAGGUUAUGGUGGGUCUGUGAAGAACGAGUUAAUGGAAGAGUUUAAAGUUGCCAUAAACAUUCCCAAGAAAGGUUCCGACUCUGAGGUGAUCACAAUUUCAGGAGCUCCUGAGGACAUUGAGAAGGUAAAAGUUCGUAUUGAAGAACUAACCAAAUAA